UAAAGAGUUCACAUGAACUAAGUUCACAUGAACCUUUGUGGGAAAAGUACCGCAGUGUGAAUGCGUCUAUUGAGGACUGAUGAUAAAGCACCUAUCCCAUGGAGCAUACAAGCGACUGCUGGGGUUGAUCACAUCGCUUCCCACUCCGACCACUAGAUGGUAGACUUUACUUACUCAAAAGUAAUAUGUUAUUUCAAAACGUCCUCAGUUUAAUUUAAGUAACAAUGCUAUUAUAAUAUUGCUUUCAACUAACCUAAUACAAUUAUGUGUAAUCUGUUUACAUAAUAUCUUUAUUUAUGUCAACAAUUAAAAUUGUGUAUUUCACUCCAUUGCUGUUCAUUAUCUUUAAUACAAAUUGGAUAAUUGAAGCAUGCAAGUCUUGCUGGUUGUAUUGUUAUUUUUGAAAUUAUAUUCGUUUAUUUAUUUGUAUUAUGUUUAAUGCAUUUAAUGUAAUAAUUCCUUAAAUAUCUAAUUGCCAUGCCAUACAGUAUACUCCCUUAAUGUUUCUUGUAAUGGAGCUGUGAUAUUUGUGAUACAAAGGACUUGAAAGAAGGUACCUCACUCUGAUAAACGUUGAGUUUCCCUCUGCUGACAAAACAGUAAUUUCAGGGAAUUGCCCAUCAGUGUCAGAUGGUAACAGAUUAGUAUUGUGGCUGCUAUUCAGCUUGAUUGCAACAUUUAUGACUUCUGUCACUCCCUCAGAAAUACAGAAAUUGUAAUUAUCAGUCAUGGAAAAAUUGGCAAUGUAAACCUGGAGCUUGACGGUUCUGUCUUAGGUUUCACCUGCUCCCAUUUUACACCACAGCAGUCCAGCUUCUCCUCAAUGCAACUUGUCAAGCUCAUGCAUAUUUAACUGUCUGGGCUGCUAUCAGAUGAACCUAACCAGCAGAAGGGGUGGUGCUGCGGAGAUGAUGAAGAUGUGUAAAGCGAGGGGGCUGGGUUUUAAGAGAACCAGCUCCACCUGCCCCUCCUCACCACGAGUGGAUGCAUUAUGAGAUGAAGACAGGAUCUAGACAAAAGGAAGCUCACAUGAUCUAGAGACUGAAACCUGGAUCUACACUUUCAUUUGCUCUCCUUGUUCUACACCAGUCUUUCUCUAAACUGGAUCUUAAGAAGAUGGAACAAGUUCCUGAGACUCUGGCUGUUUGGUACUUUGGACAUUGAGGAAUACUUCAGCCUUCUCUUCACUUCUCCACUGAAUCCUCACUCCAGAUAAAAGUGGAGAGGAAAAGCCUGUCUUCCCUCUGAGGGACCCGUGGCCCCAGCAAGGAUGAUGAACAGCAUCUAGUGGAUUUUCCCCCUUUGUCAGAGCUGAGUGUGUUAGUGAGGUAUCAAGACACUGCUUCCAGAUAAAAGAGGAGAGGAAACAAAGACAUUGAGAAAAUGCCUUUUGGUGGGCUAGCAGGUUUGAAGGAACAGGUGCUUAAGCCUGGGAAGGAGGAAGGGAAAAACACUGUGGGGGACUCUCUAGGAAAACUGCAAAGGAAAAUAGAUGGUAGUAAUGUAGAAGAAGAGGACCACAUUGAACUGACAGAGGAUGGGCGUCCGGUGGCUUCAGCCCCGCGUCCUGCCCCGCUGCUGGACUGCUACUGUGGGGGUUUGCCCAAGCGCUACAUCAUCGCCAUCCUCAGCGGCCUGGGCUUCUGCAUCUCAUUUGGCAUCCGCUGCAACCUCGGUGUGGCCAUUGUGGAGAUGGUGAACAACAACACCGUCUACAUCAACGGCACUCCUGUGAUGCAGAAAGCUCAGUUUAACUGGGACCCAGAGACAGUGGGGCUGAUCCACGGCUCCUUCUUCUGGGGCUACAUCGUCACUCAGAUCCCCGGUGGUUUCAUCUCCAACAAGCUGUUUGCCAACCGGGUGUUUGGGGCUGCCAUUUUCCUGACGUCCAUUCUCAACAUGUUCAUCCCGUCAGCAGCGAGGGUGCACUACGGUUGUGUCAUGUUUGUUCGCAUCCUGCAAGGCUUAGUGGAGGGUGUCACCUACCCAGCAUGCCAUGGGAUGUGGUCCAAAUGGGCGCCACCUCUUGAACGCAGUCGACUGGCCACAACUUCAUUCUGUGGAUCCUACGCAGGAGCAGUGAUAGCCAUGCCUUUAGCAGGAGUGCUUGUUCAGUACGUCGGCUGGCCUUCAGUCUUCUAUGUCUAUGGUGUUUUUGGGAUGAUAUGGUAUAUCGUGUGGCUGCUUCUGGCAUAUGGAAGUCCUGCUGAACAUCCAACCAUCACAGAUGAGGAGAGGACGUACAUCGAGACCACCAUCGGUGAAACAAUGCGCCAACUGAGUAAGACUGAGAAAUUCAAGACACCGUGGCGUCGUUUCUUUACCUCCAUGCCUGUCUAUGCCAUCAUCGUGGCCAACUUCUGCCGCAGCUGGACCUUCUACCUGCUCCUCAUCAGCCAGCCGGCGUAUUUUGAGGAAGUCUUUGGCUUCCCCAUCAGCAAGGUAGGGAUCCUGUCUGCUGUGCCCCACAUGGUGAUGACUAUUGUAGUUCCUAUCGGAGGACAGCUGGCUGACUAUUUACGCACUAACAAUAUCAUGUCUACCACAAAUGUGAGGAAAAUCAUGAACUGUGGAGGAUUUGGUAUGGAGGCUACUUUUCUGUUGGUAGUGGGGUGUUCUCACACACGCGGAGUCGCCAUCUCCUUCCUAGUUCUUGCUGUAGGGUUCAGUGGAUUCGCCAUCUCAGGUUUUAAUGUCAAUCACUUGGAUAUUGCUCCUCGCUACGCCAGCAUCCUGAUGGGCAUUUCUAACGGGGUGGGAACACUAUCUGGCAUGGUGUGUCCUAUUAUCGUUGGAGCCCUGACUAAAAACAAGACUCGUCUGGAGUGGCAGCACAUCUUUAUUAUUGCGUCCAUGGUGCAUUACACAGGGGUCAUUUUCUACGCUAUCUUUGCUUCGGGAGAGCUGCAGGAAUGGGCCAACCCUGAGAACAUCAGUGAGGAUAAACGUGGCAUUAUUGAUGAGGACGAGCUAGCUGAAGAAUCCGAGCUCAACAUGGAGGAUGCAAUUGCUCCAAAAAAGAGUUAUGGGACCACAGACAAUUCAUCUGGUGGAAAACAGGGCUUGAAAAAGAAGAGAGGUGUGACCAUGCAAGAGGAGGAGGAACAUUGUGGGAAUGGCGACUAUCAGGAUCGGUACCAGUGAGAUGCCCUGUGGGGGGGGGCUAAACACUUGAGACUGGUCAAGGCUGAAAGUUUCAUUUCACACCCGUGGAAAUGUCAGAAACAUCGGCAAAGUGACAGCAGCAGCUCCAUUUGUACCGCAAGAUGAUUUUUCUUUUGGUCAAUAUUCUACAGUUUAACUGUGAUGUACUGCAUUGUUAAAAAUCAUAUAUUAAAAACACAACAUAAAAAAGGAAAACAUCUAAAAUCAAGCAUCAUUUUUAAAUAGAUAAAAUUGGGACAAUACUAGUAAUCUCCACCGGCAUAUACUGUAGACUAGUGUGCUCAGUACAAUAGAAAGUAACCUCAGACUAACUAGUGCUGUUAUAAAAGAACAUCUGACUUGCAUAUCAACCUUGAAACCUGACAUCCCUGCAGCCUGCGUUGAUCGUACUCCAUCUGUGAAAGCAAACUAGACUAAACUUUAUGUGACUUACUUUGAGCCACCUGACGGUUUUUGAAAUGUUUUGUGUCAGCUAUGCACCGUAAAAAGAGCUGUGCUUCUGGAAUGUAAUACUCAGCUUGACAGCAGUGUUAAUGUUUUUUUGCUUGUAUGUAUUUGCUGUUGCUGAAUGAUUGCACUUUGUCAUUGCUUAGUUCGCUCUCCUAGUCUGUGCAGGUCCUAGUUCGACAUCUGUUUGUAUCACACUUCUUCCAGCAUAAUGUCAGCUUCAUGAUUUAAAGUGCUAUGAGCUCAGAAUAGGACAUAAAGGAGUGCAAGUUAAGUGCUGACGCUACUCGCAUUUAGUGUAACUAUUUAUUCUCCUGGUGGUUGUCUUUAUUGCAAUUUCUCAAUAUUUGAUACAUGAUGACCCAGUUUGUUUCUAAAAAAGAAUGUAGUGUCAUGUUUAACCCAUUAGAGUAUGGGGAAGUUACUCUUACUAUUUGUCUUUACUGUUAUAGAAAAGAAAAUUGAUUUUGUACAGUAAAUUAUUAUCUUAUUGUUUGAAA